GCCACGCAGUCCAGCCCCCUUCUCCCCCGGAGGAAGACAGAGGGCCCUAGGGAGGGAAGGGACCCCCAAGGGCCACGCAGUCCAGCCCCCUUCUCCCACCGUGGAAGACAGAGGGCCCUAGUGAGAGAGAAGGGACCCCCAAGAGCCACGCAGUCCAGCCCCCUUCUUCCACGGAGGAAGACAGAGGGCCCUAGAGAGGGAAGGGACCACAAGAGCCACGCAGUCCAGCCCCCCUUCUCCCACGGAGUAAGACAGAGGGGCCUAGAGAGGGAAGGGACCCCCAAGGGCCACACAGUCCAGCCCCCUUCUCCCACGGAGGAAGACAGAGGGCCCUAGAGAGGGAAGGGACCACAAGAGCCACGCAGUCCAGCCCCCCUUCUCCCACGGAGUAAGACAGAGGGGCCUAGAGAGGGAAGGGACCCCCAAGGGCCACACAGUCCAGCCCCCUUCUCCCUCGAGGAGACCAGGGCCACACAGUCCAGCUCCCUUCUUCCAUGGAGGAAGACAUACGACCCUAGAGAGGGAAGGGCCCCCAAGGCAGCAUGCAGUCUGAGCCCCUUCUGCCAUGCAAGAAUACAUAGCAUCACAUUAGGAAAGGACCCGCAGGGGCCAUCCAAUCAACCCACUUCUGCCAUGCAGGAACUCACAGUCAAAGUACCCCCAUUGACCAAUGGCCAUCCAACUUCUGCUUAAAGACCUCCAAGGAGGGAGACUUCACUACACCCCAGUAACUAACACUGCUUUAAUAAUACUUUUAUUAAUAACUUUGCAUGGCUUUUGAUAUCUUAUUGCUGUUAGCCACCUUGAGCCCCAUUAUUAGGAGAAGAGCAGGAAGUGUUAAUGAAUAAAGUAAAUUGUUAAACAGCGUGUCAACCAGCGCAUAGGCAAGUGGCAUUGAUUCACUGGCUGUGUCCGACUCUGGAGUUGCAUUAGGGUUUAGGCUGUGGGUGCUUAAUGGGGGGGUUAAUCUAGUUGGCCUUUGGGGUGCCCUCCUGCCUGGGAUAGCAAAAGCAGCUUCAUAGUUUUCUGUGGGUUUUGAGGACUAUGAGGCCUUGCUCUACAAAAGUUUAUUCUUGACAUUUUGCCAGCAUCUGUGGCUUUGGCAUCUUCAGAGAAUGUUGAGAUGCAAGAGAGAAGGGUGUAUAUAUGUCAGCUUCAUUUAUAUAUUGCUUCAUGCUACACUAAGCACUCCCUAAGCGGUUUACAAAGUGUAAGCUUAUUGCCCCUCAACCUCCUUGGAACGAUGCAAGCCUGAGUCGAGCCUGAGCCCUUUCGCUGGAAUUGAACUCGCAACCUUGUGCUUUGUGAGUGGCUGCUGUGGAGGCAUUGAACCACUGCGCCACCUGAGCUCUUUCUGACUUUGGAGGGGGCUUCCCUUUGCUGCUCUUUUUCUGACCGCGCUCUCUUUGCCCCCUCCUCUCUUGGCAGCGGUGCUGAAUGCAGAUCCCACGGUGCUGGGCAAAUACCGUGCUGGCUUUAAUGAGUGUGUGAACGAAGUGACGCGCUUCCUCUCCACCUGUGAGGGGGUUACCGCCGAGGUUCGCACCCGCCUCCUCAGCCACCUGGGCAGCUGCAUGAGCCAGAUCAACGCCAUGAACUACCCGGCCCCACCACCGCCCCUCUCGGCCUCUUUUGGGCAAGCCCUGGUCCCAAUCCCCACAGCACCAGCACCCCCGACUGGCAGCGCGGCUCCUUGCAAGCCGUCCAGCAACCCAGUGGCUCCCGGGGAGACCCCAAAGGUCUACGGCGGCUUCCAGCUGGUCCCGGCCUCCAACGGGCAGUUUGCCUUCCUCAUCCCCAACCCAGCCUUCGCCCCCCACAGCAGCGCGGUCAUCCCGCUCUACGCCAGCGCAGGAAUUGGCUCCGGAGGGCUCCUUCCCCCCACGGCUGCCGUCUCACCCGGAUCGGGCCAGUCCCUUCCAGCGGACUCAAUUUGGAGACCUUGGUGAUGGGGCUGCACUGGACGCAGAGGGACUCUGGUUGGAGCAGAGCCUUGGGCGCUUGGACCUGGUGGCCCCCCGGGAGUGGCCAGGGUUUGGGGUCCUCUCCCUCUUCCUGGGGAGGGGGAGGGGGAGUGUGGUUCUUGUGAAUCGACCGCCCUGAAACUCUUGCAUUGUGCCUUUGUAUGGUAGCAAACCCUCCCUGCUUUCCCCUUCCUGUGUCCCCCCAGCGGUGUGGAAUGGGGUGGGCUCGCCUGGGUGGGCAAGAGGACGUCACACCUCCUCAUCCAGCCCCCCUCCCACCCUUCAUUUUCCUUUAUCCUUUUUUAAAAAAGGGCACCAAAGAUUUCUUUGUUUUUGGAAGCUCUGUGACAAACAGAAAGGACUGCUAGCAUCACCCGUUUCUCUGGCAAGGGGACGAUGGGACUUCCUCCGCUUGGCAGCAGGAGAAGCUUGAACGGCUCCCUGCUUUGGAGGAGACGGAGGGAUCGGACGUGGCCCAGUUGGCCACCAUGCGGCCCCUAGCUCCGUGGGGCAAAGGCAGUGGGGCACGGACGGUCCUGAGGCACAUCAGGCUGCUGCUGAAUCCUCCAAAGGGAAACCGCAAGGACAGAGAGGGCCACCAAGAAGAGGAAGGGCCCCUUGGGAUCCGCUGGGGUUUGGCCCCAGGACUUCCAUGGAUACCAGCAUCAAUUCCCAAUAUAUAUAGUGGGGUAGUAAAAUGGUGCCCUUAUAUAAAAAUGGCAAAAUCAAGUUUUUUGUGUGUGUUUUUUUGGAAUUUAUAAUAUUUUUGGAGUAUUUUCAAACUGUAGAUGCUUGAAUCUGUGGAUACGGAGGGCCAGCUGCAAAUGCAGUUCAUGAAAAUAAGUCACAUUCAGCAAACAGACCCAAAUGGAGCCAGUGGUUGGGAUUGUUCUGCGCAGUCAUAGACCAGAACCAUAGAGUUGGAAGAGACCCCAAGAAGGGCCCUGAUCCAGUCCAACCCCCUUCUUCUGCCAUGCAGGAACUCUCAGUCAAGGAGGCUUCAGCGUCUGGCAAUCCUCUGAAUAUCACUGCAGCGUCUUCUGCUGCAACUUGGAGCAGGCAGCUAUUCAUACAGACAAACCAGGUUACAACAGACUGUACUCCUGUUCCUGGCAGUGGGUUUUGCAAUCCGUUUUUGAUAUUGCUCUCAUACCCUUCGAUUAUACUUC